UUGUAGCGCCUUGGUUGACAUUGUUGUUGUUGUGGGAGUAAGAAUGUACUUAGUCGUCAAGUCUUUUUAAGACAAGAAGCAAGACGUAUUUUUGACAUUUACACAAAGCUGAAUAGCGCAUUACCCCCGGAGGAAGUGAUUUUCUGCGAAGGAAAGGCCCAGAGUGGGAGGAAAUGAGAGAGAAAUUCCGCGAGGCCGCUCGAGGUGUGGCCGAAACAGUCCUUUUGCUGUGAGGGAGAAUUGUUCUCCUGUUUUUUCUCUCUCCUGAUGCCCCCUUCUGCACUGUAAAUUCAUGAUCACAUGACUUUGGAUAUGGACGCGGUCCUGUCCGACUUUGUCCGUUCUACUGGAGCUGAACCCGGACUGGCCAGAGACCUGCUGGAGGGAAAGAACUGGGACCUCUCGGCUGCGCUGAGUGACUUUGAACAGCUGCGACAAGUGCAUGCUGGGAACCUCUCAUGCACCUUUGCCGAGGAGAGAGAGUAUUCCUCCUUUGAAAAGGAGAUAGCUCGGACGGGGCGGCCUCUCUUACAUCGCCAAGAUGAGGUUGUUCAAGCAGCCACAGAGAAGCGACUGUCGAGGGGAAUCUCUCACGCCAGCUCCACUAUCGUCUCUCUGGCCCGCUCACACGUGUCCUGUACGGGCGGCAGCAACGAGCCACUUCUGGACACUCCACUCUGCACCUUCCAGUUGCCUGACCUCACCGUCUACAGAGACGACUUUCGCGGCUUCAUCGAGAGAGACCUCAUUGAGCAGUCCAUGAUGGUGGCCUUGGAGCACGCUGGACGGUUGAACUGGUGGACUCGUUUGGGGACUGGCUGUCAGAGUUUAUUACCUCUGGCGACUAGUGGUGAUGGGAACUGUCUGUUACACGCUGCUUCACUGGGUAUGUGGGGCUUUCAUGAUCGAGACCUAAUGCUGCGGAAGUCUCUCUAUGCACUGAUGGAUCAUGGGCAGGAGAGGGAGGCUUUAAAGCGAAGGUGGAGAUGGCAACAAACCAUGCAGAACAAGGAGUCGGGACUGGUUUACACAGAGGAAGAGUGGCAGAAAGAGUGGAAUGAGUUGUUGAAACUGGCAUCCAGUGAACCCAGGAUACACUACAGCACUAACGGCAGCAACGGUGCCGAGUCACAGGAGGAGCCGGUGUACGAGAGCCUGGAGGAGUUUCAUGUGUUCGUUCUUGCUCAUGUGCUCCGCAGGCCGAUAGUGGUGGUGGCUGACACCAUGCUGCGGGACUCUGGGGGAGAAGCUUUUGCACCAAUCCCAUUUGGAGGGAUUUACCUGCCCCUAGAAGUACCAGCCAACAAGUGCCACCGCUCCCCUCUCGUUCUGGCAUAUGACCAGGCCCAUUUCUCUGCCCUGGUCUCAAUGGAGCAGAAAGACAGUUCCAAAGAACAAGUGGUGAUCCCUCUGACGGACUCGGAUCAUAAGAUGCUGCCUUUGCACUUUGCUGUGGAUCCUGGAGAAGACUGGGAAUGGGGCAAAGAUGACAACGAUAAUGUGAUGCUGGCAAGUGUAACCUUAUCUCUGGAGGCCAAGCUCCAUCUGCUGCAUAGCUACAUGACUGUCACCUGGCUUCCUCUACCCUGUGAGGUACAGCAGGCCCCAUUGGCCCAGCCAGAGUCACCUACAGCAUCUGCAGGAGAGGAUGCCCGCACCCCGCCAGACUCUGGAGAAUCCGAUAAGGAGUCCGUCAGCAGCAGUUCCAAUGGCAAUGGAGACAGCAGCACUACUGGAACCAGUGGCACAACAGGCAAAACAAGUGGUGGAUCUUCCAGCUCCUCUAGUUCAUCCAGUAACAGUUCAGCAGGGACAACUGGCACAAUUGGAAAGGAGAAGGGAAAGAAAGACAAAGAAAAGGAUAAGGACAAAAAACGUGCAGACUCCGUUGCCAACAAGCUGGGUAGCUUUGGCAAGAGCUUGGGCAGUAAGCUGAAAAAGAAUGUGGGAGGCCUGAUGACGGGAAAGAAUACAAGUGGAAGUGGAUUCAAACAGGAGGGUCAAGAGAAGAAGAAAGGCUCUCUGAGAGGUCGUAAGGGCAGUAAGGACAGCUCUCCCUCCAUUCAAACCGGCUCUGAGGACUCUGGGAAAGGUUCACCCUCCUCAACCAGCGAGCGACAAAAUGGAAGCUACUCUUCUGAAGGUGACCCUUUUAAGUACAGCUCGGAUGUGAAAGUGAGUCUCAGCAUCCUCCGAUCCGCUAUGCAAGGCGAAAGGAAGUACAUCUUCGCUGCGCUACUCACUACAAGCAACCGGCAGCCGUUUCAGGAGGAAAUGAUCCAACGCUACCUGGUUGACGCCGAGGAGCGCUUCCGUGCCGAACAGGAACAGAGAAGGGAAGCUGAGCGGAAAGUGGCAGGAGGUCUCGCAACGACUGCUGGGUCUCAACUAAAAAAGGACGGGCCUGAGCUGAGUUACAGAAGUUUUGAAAGCAAAGAGGAAGUCAUUGAUAAUUCACCUCCUACUUUUAACGCUUUGAAGUCAUCGUCUUUCAGCCCAGUGAUGUACUCCGGUGUGGUCCCAAUACCCAGGCCCACCUUCAUUGACCAUUCUCCUACCCCACUCACGCAGCAUCUCAAUAUACAUGGUUAUUUGGAUACACGACGGCAGCUGGCAGGAGGUUCGCCGUCUUCUUACCCGGGCCUACCAUCCUAUGCUACCUUGCCCCGGCACUGCCCCCUAGCACAGGGCCCGCCCCAUACCCAGUACCACCCUCCCUCCACCAGUUUGGGCAGCCCAGCCCGUAUCAUCAGCCCCUGCCUGACGUCUUUUCCCCAAGAGCAUGACCCAAUUGAUUACCCAACCGAACCUGCUGGAGGCUACACGAAUGGCUUACGGGACUCACGUUUCACUUUAGACAGUCGCAACGGGCCGAUGCCCGUCAGGCAUUACUCUUUAGGCAGUGCGGGUGGCCUCGCCAACCUGCAGUCCAGCAAAUGCCGAACGCCUACGUGCAAUUACUACGGCCACCCCGAGACGGGCCAUUACUGCUCGUACUGCUACAGAGAGGAGCUGAAGAGACGGGAAACGGAGCCGGCCAUCCACAGGUUUUGAAUGGACAAUCUCUGUCCGGUUUCUCUCCUAUAGGACACAUUGGAGCCCGCCGUGUGAGCCACAUCAUAUCCUGUUUGCGUGGAUCUUGCUUUAAGACAUAAGUUCGGCCUUUCUGAACCAGGUUACUGAGACUCGGCGCCCACAAUGAAUGGCCAUUGUGGGAAUAGGACUGCUGUUGUGUUACAUUUGCUGUGGCUCAUAGGCAGGAGCUUUAAGCUCCGCCCACAUUUGCUUGACGUGGUCAUCCUCUUUCCUGUCUCCUUGUCUCCUCCUAGUGGCGAGAAUGUAGAGCACAGGCAAUAGACAUUGGAGCACAAUGUGCUAAGUUGCAUCACACGAACACACCGCAUACUCCAAAAUACAUGUUAAGCACAACCAGAAAAUGCAUAUUUAUAUCAGCUGCGUUUGUAUGCAUAAUAAUAGACAUUUCAUGUAGGAUUUCAGCUGCAAUCAAUGUAAGACUUGCCAUAUUGAGAGUGUAAGGCAAAAACACACUGUUAACUUCAAGUGAGUGUUAUCUGCAUUGGCCCAACGCUACAAUAAUUUAACUUGCACCCCUUUGGAAGCCAUACCCGACUGGCUUGAAUUAGCUAAAAUGGUGCUUUCUCGCUUCUAAGAUGUUCAACUUAUGGAGCUAAACCUUGAUAGCCAAAGGUUUCGCUUUGGGUCUUCACAUGUCCAUAUUAAAAAAAUCAGUCGUUUACGUUCUACUAAGUGUUUCUACAACAUUUAAAAGUGCAAAACCUUUAAAAUUAGCGCAAAAAAGGAAGGAAAUCAGAUGUUAUUUUUCGAAAAUGGUACAUCAUGCGGAAGAGUUAUGUUAAUAAAUGAGUUCUAGGUACUCGCAGGUCAAAGGGGGCUGAUGUUGAAACAAUUUCUGACCCCUUCAAAUGUUAUUGGCUUAAAUGUUAAUGAUCGAUCGCCCCCAGAGCAGUCACUGCACCAAAUCAAGCACUUUUCUCAUGUCCAGAGGUUGUGCGUGUGGGUUUCAGACGUGACAAUGAAUAGACUGUUAUGUUGUUGUGCUUCUAGUCUGGCAUUUCGCUCCAUUCUGGAGGGAGAACUUGCAGUUCCACUCGCGUGGAAUGUGGAUGUCAGGGUUCGGCUGUAGGUGCCACUUUUGUGCGCAAGCUCACUUGUUUCCUAGUUGCCUUUUCAGUCUUAGUUCAGGGGGAUUGUUGAACUGAAUUUCUACUUCUGUUUGGUUUUGGAUUCGCAGUGCUGAUUAUAGUGUUGUCGAUAUUUGUGGACUUGGAGGGAUGCUAGCGGAUCUCUCUGUAUCUCAAUUACACGAUGCAUGGUGCAUCGAGAUCAAAUCCAAUUACACUGUUAACAGAAAUUAAAGCCUCCGAUAAAGCCAGUUAGUUGUACAAGUCAGCCAGAAACUAAAAUACUGUUAUUAACUCAGCCUUACACUCUGUUCUAAACCUGUAUGAUUGGCAAAUACAAAAGUAGAUUGUUCUUUUCCAUACAACGGAAGUAAAUGUGGACCAAUCGCUUAAUGUGAGUAAUAGACCAGAAGUCAUUAUUCACAGAAAGUCUUCUGCUCCAUCUCGCCUACUGACAAAUUUGACGCCAGUGAUGACAAACGCCAUUUGGCCCUUGUGUCUUAACUGAGCACAACAAGCCAAUGUGGAUGUGCAAAUGAGAUUUUGAGAGCUGCGUUGGAGGGCAAAACUGCUAAUAUAGCACACAUGCACGCUGAGUCAAACCAGUCUGUUACAUGUCAUCUACAUGUUACUAAUUUUGCUCUGUUAAAAUAUUUAGUGACUUGGAGCACAUGUCCCCAAUCGUUUCCAUUAUAUGGAAAAGAGCAGUCUGGACGUUCUGCUGGACAAAGCAGAAAGAAAGUCAUACAGGUUCAGAACGACAAGAGGGUUAAUGAAAUGACGAUGACAGGUUCUUCAUUUUCGGCUGAAUAUCCCUUUACCCUGUCUUUGCUCAUGUGAAAUGGGCGUUAUAGUACUGUAAGAGGAUGUUGCUGCUGUGAUCAUGUUCAUUUGAUGUGGGUAAGUGUUAGUGUGCUGCAUUGAUGGUAGAUGUAGAGUUGGUGUUGUAGUCGCAGUGAACCCCCUUCCGCUUCUCAGAUACUCAAUACAGAUCUAAUCAGUCAUAUGCAAAUAAUUGUAUAACUGUGUCAGCUCAAGGCCACAAUGUUCCCACAUUUGCAUUACUGAUUUGCACAAUUAAAUGUAUGCUAAGUUAAUAUCCUACCAAAAUUUUAACAUACCUCUUCUCUUCAUCUGGUAUCUCCCAUGCGUUUGAAGCUGUAAAUUCUCAGUUUAAAUUCACUUACGUUUUAAAGCACUAAAUUGUCUGUUAUCUCUGACAGAGUGAAGUUUUGCUGCAGAAUAAAAACCUGAAGGGUUGCUAGUUUUAUUUUUCACCCAAAGACAGCAAGAUAUUUUUGACAUGUUAUUCACUCUAUAACCAAUAGAUGGCAGACUUGUUUAGGUUUCUUUUUUGCUGUCACCUUUAUGUCUAAAUCAGUGCAUCCCAGUGACCUUUUGAGUCCCAUGGCUCACAUUUUCAUAGUGUAAAUAAGGGACAAAGAGUAUGCUGCUGCUGCUGCUUUUGGAUAAUUUUUUUUUUUUUUUUUCAUUUCAGUCCAGCACAUUUGAAUAUAAAUUGCGAUUGAUUGUUUUUUUUGUUUGUUUUUUUUCUGUCUUGCGUAAGGCAUACACCAUUUACCCAGAUUUCCACUCUGCUAAGUCGCAAAGAAGGAAUUCAGCGUGUGAGCUUGUGUUUGCGUGUGCGCGUCUGGUGAAUUGUGCUUUUGCAAACCUAUUGCAGCUUCAAGGCACAAACAAGAGGAAAUUGUCAGUGAAAUGACAACUACUCUCCGUAGGAGUUUAUGUUCUCCUUCCAAUGUACUCGUCGCUUGCGUUUAACGGAUCCAGUUAUUUAACGAAUGGAAAGCUCAUUCACUCACCCCGAGCGUUGGACUUCAAUAAGAGUGCAGACAUUUUUGUAUUAUGAAAUAAAACUGUUGUAUAAAUACGUUCAAGUUAUUUUUGUAAAUCAAACGCAGUUUUACAGUGUUUUUUAAAGAUACGAAUGUAUGCUAUAGGACCGUACCCUGAUUGGUGGUGGAGUCAGUAUUCUGGAGUGUACGGCAAUGGCUGACAAGAGAAGCCUCUUAAAUCCGAGUGUUUCUUGUGAACAAACUAAUUUCUCCAUCAGUGGUCUGACAAGGUAUGAUUUGAAAAUAUAUAUUUGUAGUAAGAUUUUUCAAAAAGUUUGGGAUGUUUAGUUCUGAAACUAGGAUGUUCUUUCUUACGUGGCUAGUUGUCAAACAGACGGGCCUCCUGAAGAUUCCUAAUUUUGAUUUCUAUUUUAAAGCGAAUUAUGAUACUUAAUCGAAUUUUGAGUACAUUUUUUAAUGAUGGUGGUGGCGUCCACCACCAUCAGUUUUCACACACUAAAUUCUCUUAUUUAAUACAGUGGGCUUUGUUUUGUUAUGAUGUAGCUUACUAUUUUUAUAUGGUAUGUUUUCAUGGAUGUGACAGAGCUACAGUCAUCAGCAUUCUCAAAUUUGCAUGAGACUGAAACUGUUGCAUGUACAGAACUGGCAGAUGCAAUUUAUCUACUCAUAUUUGUGCAUUACUUCUGGCUAAUUGGGCAAUUUGUGUUUGUUUUCAGCUGUUUUACCUUUCUCCUUGUUUGAGAGGUGACCCCAGGCUGUGUGACAGUGCAAUCUAGGUGGAAAGAACAUCUGAUUUUUAUGUUAGUUUUAUUUUGUUUUUGUUUUUUGUUUUUUUUUUUUUUUUGCACCGUUUUAAUAAAAUUCUCAUUGUAUUUAAACAGUUGUUUGUAUUGAUUUUAUGUUGCACCCUCAUUCUCUACAUUUAACUAUAUGGAGGCUUCAUAAUAGCAAACAUAUUGUAUUUUCACAGUGACACAAGAGCUUUCAGCUGCAUAUACAAGGUUAUUCCCACAGUUAUGGAAAUUUUACGAUUUUAGUGGGGAUUAAAGAAAUAGCAGAGCCAAAUAGGAAAAUUUGCUGAAAAUGUACUCACCCUCAGUCCAUGUAAGAUGUAGAUGAGUUUGUUUCUUCAUCAGAACAGAUUUGAGGAAUUUAGCAUUACAUUACUUGCUAAGCAAUGGAUCUUCUGCAGUGAAUGGGUGCCGUCAGAAUGAGAGUCCAAACAGCUGAUAAAAACAUCACAAUAAUCCACACAUCUUCAGUCCAUAAAUUAAUGUCUUGUGAAGUGAAAAAGUGGUAUGUUUGUAAUAAACAACUGAGAUGAGUAAUUUUUUUUAUUUAUUUACUUUUUAUUUAUUUUUUUGGUAAACUGUUCUGUGAGUAAAGUCUUAUUUUGCAAAAAAUAAAAAUG